AUUGCAUAAUAAUGUUUACUGUUAUUAGAUUAGCAAUGACUGCACAUUGAGUUUUGAAUUAAAUGAAUGAAUACAUAAUAAACAACAAAUUAAUUAUAAAAUACAAUAUUAUUGUUUAAUUCAAUCAUUUAUUGAUAUCAUUGAUACUAUUGAUCCACACAUUGAUUGAUUGAUUGACAUCCACUGCUGACAAUAUCACCAACACAUCCAUCACUACUAUAUGUCUACUAAAACAAUGUCUACUUCUUCGGGUUCGUGUAUAUGCGGUUCGGGUGACCACAUGACAGCCUAUUGUCUUAUAUCGUUGAAAGCGCUCGACCCGGACAUCGAUGACUACCGAUACGGCUAUUGUCCCGUUAGUAGUGUCAAAGUGACUGAUUUGAAGAGACAAAUGGUUAGCGGCGCCGACAGUAUUGCUCUUGAAUUGUACGAAGUGGCCGACAAUAACUUUGAACAGUUAGUCACUACCGAUAUCUAUCAGUACAGCAGUAUUGUUGACCGACAACUACAAAGUUUUCGGUUUGAAAUGCGGCCAAAAUCGGUAGCAAUCAGUGUAUCGCUGAGAGCGCUGACCAGUUACAGCACUUCGGACGUGUCGUACACUAUAUUGCCGAAAGACAUGCCAACUGUUGGCGAUUUAAGGAGACGACUGGCCAACUGUUACGGCUUUGUCAGCCAAUCGGUGAAAUUGUAUUUGACAGAAAAGCCGGUCUCUCAAGCACUCGCUGGUCAACGAUAUGUCGAACGCGAAUUACAGGACGAUAUGCCCAUAAGUCGGGCCUGGAUUUAUGGCCGAUUUACUACGAGUCUCGUUCAGGUCUUACCAAAGCUAGCAAUGAGCAGCGAUACUGUUACCGAUAAACUAACCGAUUUGUCGGUUGCCAUCAAAGAGUCGCUGGCCAUACAAACCAAACUGAUUGUCAAUGCGCUCACCGCUGGCGACAAGUAUUUGACCGACAUUUAUGACGACUCGGACAACGAUAGCGUGUGCGGCGCCGCUGUUGACGACGACGACAGACCAUCGAUUGUUCCAUCAAUGGAUGAUUUUAUUGACGACAAAAACAGCGACAAAACAGCUGUCGUCACUCAGUUAAUGGUCAGAUCAGGUGAUGCACUUAAAGUUGCCGACUCUGCGCUUGAAUUGAAUAUAAGCGAUAUGAAUGACUUAAAUACAAGUCUAUUGAAUAAUGUAAAGGCAGUGUUGGACCGAAAUAACCGACUCGUCGACCAAUUUGGUAAACUCGAGGCAAUUAUUGAUCGUAAGGAAGAUAAGAUCCGAGCCUUGAAAGCGGUUAUCAAACAAAAACAGCUGAAGAUAAUUGAGAUGCAAAAGAUUGUCGACAAAUUGUGCGAUAAGUAAUUGAUUUUUUAUUGGGAAUAAUUAUUA